AUGUCUCUCUCCGAACGAAGCCAGAGACGUCUCAGCCGCGAUGAACAAGUGGAGGAGGAUGCUGUGGCCUUGGAGGACCUCGGCCAUUCGCAGGAGCUUGUCCGCCAAUUCAGUCCAUGGAGCAUGUUUGCGCUUGCCUUCACAGUGUUGGGCACGUGGUCUACACUUGCGCAGAAUCUCUCGACAGGAAUCAGCGCUGGCGGACCCGUGACAAUCCUUUGGGGCCUCGUCCUGGUCACCCUCUGCAACCUCUGUGUUGCAGCCUCGCUGGGUGAGCUCCUGAGCGCCAUGCCAACUGCGCUCGGCCAAGCAUUCUGGGUUUACAGCUUCUGGCCGACUCCUCAGGGACGCUUUCUUUCCUACAUGACGGCUUGGAUCAACACCUUUGGCUGGUGGACGAUCACGGGCUCGCAAGCUGCCUUUAUGGCGGAGUUCAUCCUCGCAAUGAAGGUUCUAUUCGACGAAGAUUGGGCUCCAGCAGGAUGGGGCUGGGUUUCCUUUUUGCUCUACAUUGCCAUCAUCCUCCUACUCACCGUCGUCAAUGUUGUUGCUUGCCGCAGAGACAAGGUUCUGCCGUGGAUCAAUAGCGUGGUUGGAGCAAUGUUCAUGCUCUUGUUCGUCGUCUUCGCCCUGGCUCUCAUCAUCAGCACCGGUGUCAGGCCUGGAAAACGGUUUCAGCCAGGCUCAUUCGUCUUCGGCAAUUGGAGGAACGAAAGCGGUUGGCCGGGCGGCGUGAUCUGGUUCACCGGCCUUGUUCAGUCAGCAUACGGUCUCACGGCCUUCGACGCGUGUAUUCACAUGGUCGAGGAGCUGCCGUCACCCAGCAAGAUGGGUCCACGCAUUGUCUGGAUGUCUGUCUUGACCGGCGCAAUAUCAGGCUUCAUUUUUAUGAUGGUCUGUCUCUUCUGCAUGCAGGACUUUGACAACAUCCUCUCCGCCGACUACCCGUUCAUCGAGCUUUGCGUUGAGACAAUCGGAUUGACUGGAGCUGCCACUCUAUUGGCACUCUUCAUCGUGAAUGGCGUCGGACAGAAUCUGAGCCUGGCAACCACAGCAUCCCGCCUGACAUGGAGUUUCGCCCGAGACGGCGGCGUUCCAUUUUAUGCAUACUUCGCCAAAGUCGACCCCUACUGGAGAGUACCAGUUCGCGCCACGUGGGCUCAAGGGGUUAUUGCUGGGCUAGUCGGAGUCCUCUACCUGUUCGCCGACACUGUUCUUGAAGCCAUCCUCAGCGUCAGCACCAUCGCUCUCACGAUCUCCUACGCGAUCCCGAUCAUUGUUCUACUUGUUGUCGGGCGCGAACAGCUUUCUCCCUCACGCCCUUUCAAUCUUGGACGGUUAGGAACACCUUUUAACAUUGUGUCAAUUAUAUACUGCGGUGUGACGACCGUGUUCUUCUUCUUCCCAGAUGGACCGAAUCCGAGUAUUGCGGAUAUGAAUUGGGCGAUAGCCGUGUUCGGCGUGAUGUUGGUUAUUUCGGUUGGCUUCUGGUUCAUCCAGGGCCAUCGCUCCUAUCUGCAGACCGACACUGCAAAUAUCGGAAUCAUGAUAGCGCGACAAGAAUCGGGAGCAGUGAGACCGAAACACCCCGACGAAGAUUCGCGCCCGGUGAUCAAGAAGUAA